GUAGCACCACAGAAGAAGAAGUAGCAGCAGCAGCAGCAGGUCCACUGAGGGACGGUCAACAGUUCUCCUUAUAUCUUCACUGUAAAUUGUCAAAACGUCGUACGCAAUGAGAGGGGACCGCGGCAGGGGCCGGGGAGGCCGCUUCGGGUCCCGCGGCGGACUGGUCCAGGGGUACCGACCGUUUGUCCCACACAUCCCAUUUGAUUUUUAUGUGUGUGAGAUGGCCUUCCCCAGAGUGAAGCCUGCACCUGAUGAGACCGCUUUCAGUGAGUGUCUGCUGAAGAGAAACCAGGACCUGAGCCCCACCCCCGCAGAGCAGUCCUCCAUCUUGUCCCUGGUCACGAAGAUCAAUAAUGUCAUUGACAACCUGAUCGUCGCUCCUGGGAACUUUGAAGUGCAAAUUGAAGAGGUGCGUCAGGUGGGCUCUUACAAGAAGGGUACCAUGACAACAGGACACAAUGUCGCUGACCUGGUUGUGAUCCUGAAGAUCCUCCCAACAUUGGAGGCAGUUGCUGCUCUGGGCAACAAAGUAGUGGAGACGCUUCGUACACAGGAUCCAACUGAAGUGCUGUCCAUGUUGACCAAUGAGACGGGCUUUGAGAUCAGUUCAGCUGACGCCACUGUCAAGAUCCUCAUCACCACCGUCCCUCCCAACCUACGCAAGCUGGACCCAGAGCUGCACCUGGACAUCAAGGUGCUGCAGAGCGCCCUCGCCGCCAUCCGCCACGCCCGCUGGUUUGAGGAGAACGCCUCUCAGUCCACGGUCAAAGUGCUGAUCCGCCUCUUGAAGGACCUGAGGCUGCGCUUCCCUGGUUUUGAACCCCUCACUCCCUGGAUCCUGGACCUGCUGGGACACUCUGCAGUGAUGAACAACCCGUCCAGGCAGCCGCUGUCCCUGAACGUGGCCUACAGGCGCUGCCUGCAGAUGCUGGCUGCUGGUCUCUUCCUGCCCGGCUCUGUGGGCAUCACCGACCCCUGCGAGAGCGGGAACUUCAGAGUGCACACAGUCAUGACUCUGGAGCAGCAGGACAUGGUGUGUUUCACAGCUCAGACGCUGGUCAGGGUGCUGUCCCACGGAGGCUACAGGAAGAUCCUCGGCCUGGAGGGAGACGCCAGCUACCUGGCAACAGAGAUGUCCACGUGGGACGGUGUGAUCGUGACGCCCUCAGAGAAGGCCUACGAGAAACCUCCAGAGAGGAAGGAGGAGGAAGACGAAGCUCUGGAGGAGGGAGGAGAUGGAGAGGAUGAGAGCAUGGAGACCCAGGAGUGA